GCAGCGCCCCGCCCCUUCCGGCGCCAGGCGGGCCAGGCACAGGGCCGGGGGGCCGGAACCUCCAGAAUAAAAGAACGCAAUCCACUGUUCAGAACAACCAACAUGGACUAUGGCGGAAAACCACCCACCGUACAUGAAAUGCCGACCUGCUUCCAAACUAGCCCACAUGCCUUCACGGAUCAUCUCAUCAAGUUUGGCAUGUACAGGAAUACUGGGAUCAACACCGCAACAGAGAAGAGUGACGUGACUGGUCCAGACAACUUCAUCACUUGCUUUGACACGUUCAACUUCCACCCCAGCUACAGGGUGGGCGGGCCGUCCUUCUGCGAGUAGCCUGGGGCCGGGCACUCUGCCCUUUCCUCUGGCUCCUACUGGCUGAAUACUGACAGAGUCAUGAAACAAGAAACCCUUUGUGAAACUCCUGCCUGAAGCAACAUGCUCACCCCCCCCCUUUUGGGCUGGAGUGGAGACCUCAGGCUUCCUUCAUGGUCAUUUGGAAU